CACUACAGUAGGUCGAGAGGACACUCUAGCUCCCAGAAACACCGCUGCCCUUCACUUACUUCAUUUCCACACUGAACAAGACGCACAAAUGUCAGGUUUGUUACGUUGGUAGCAGACAGCCACGUUCACGUUCAGUUUUAUUAGGGAAUGCAACAGACUCUUUCAUUAUAUCAAAAGCUUGUUUGUAGCAAGAAGCUUCAAAUGCAACGGAGAAUUAUAAUGGAUUUUUGUCAGGGAAGUGAGGAGUGGCAGUUUUGCUAGUUAAAUAGUAGUUAGCUCCUGGCUAACAGGAGAUGGAAGCUAGUUCUUUGCCUUAAUUCCCGGGAAACCCUCACUGAUAUUAGCUAACUUGGUGUUAUUAAAUAACCCCACAAGCAUCACAUGUUCUGCUAGAAUCUCGUCCUUUAGCUAGUUUAUCUUCAGAGAACUUUCAGCGAUGGAGGAAGUUGACAAAAUUUUGAUUCAUGCCCUCAAACAAGUCGGAACGGAAAUGAGUGAGGAGAUUGACAGUGUCAGACAGUUCAGUAGUGAGCUGAUGGUGGAGGCGGUGGUCAGAUGUAUCCGGGUGAUCGAUCCAGGCCUGGGCAGCGGGCUGCCCACCUCCCUUCCUCCAGGGAUGUCUGCCCGCUUCAGAGUGGGCAUGAGCCUGGCACAGGCUUGUCAGGACAUUGGUUAUAAAGGAGAGAUAGGCUACCAGACUUUUUUGUACAGCAAUGAGCCAGAGAUCCGCUCUCUGCUCAUGUGCCUGGUGGAGAAGCUGCCCAGAGAGAGUGCCGAAGUCUCAGACCAGCCAACAGGUAAAUCAGUGGUCCUCCAGAGAGCCAUUGCUGCUGCAAUCAAAGCCCAGCUGGCUGUCCCUUGGCUUCCAACAAACUGCAGACUGCCACUGCACGGUGAAACACAAAGUUUAAGAGCAUUGUACAGCUUCCACGUCAAGCCCCUCAGUUUACCACACUGCACUAAAGGUCCAGGAAAGAACCAGCUGAAAGAAGUGAAGGAAUACCAGCGAAAUUUUCUUCCUCCUGUGACCGCCCAGCCUCCCCAUCAUGCCUCUGUGGUGGCAUCCAUACUGGAGCAGCACACUGCUGAGCUGAGUGCUGCUCAGGAGUGGGACAAUGAGUGGAACAGUCAGGGCCUCCUGUCUCGCCUCACCCCACAGGAGUAUCAGUCAAGGAAACUGACCCGACUGCGGAAACGCAUUGAGGAGCAGCUGCGUUCUGCUGCACUGCCCUCUCCUGAAAGUGCCUUUGGUGGACCUCGCUCAACCUCUGACCUGUGUGAGCUACUGCAGGCCUUUAGAGGCUCUGCCCCCUCUGACCACAACCUGACAAAGGGUACCCACUUCACCCACACACAGAAGUUCACCUUCACACAGGAGUCAGCAGCAAUAACCAGUUCCAUCCCCUCUGGACAUCAGUCAGAGGGUGAUAUCCAGCUCCGUCAGCAGCAAGAGCUGGCUUCACUCCAGCAGCAAUUCCAGCAGCUCUGCAGUGACGUCGACCAGCUAACAGCAGACAUGAAGCACAUGAGUGUCACUAAUGCACAGGUGUUGGAUGAGUUGAAACAGAGAGAGCUGGGGAACUCUGAAAAAGAGGAGAAGAUGCAGGUGAAGAAGAAAACAAUCAACCUGUUGCCAAACGCAGACCACAACCUGCUGAAGCUUCAGGCUCUUGUGGAGGCCAGUGCCAAGCGGGUUGUGAACCUGGCCUCUAAGUGGGAGAAACACCGCGCUCCACUUAUUGAAGAGCACCGCAGACUCAAAGAAAUCUGCAGCAACCAGGAUCUGGAGUCAUCCAGAAAGCUGUCUGAAAUCAAGUCUCUGCAUGACAAAAUCCGUGUAUCUACAGAGGAGGCCAGGAAGAAGGAAGAAAUAUACAAACGACUGGUAACAGAGUUAGAAAAUCUCCCUCAGGAUGUGUCUCGGUCAGCAUACACUCAGAGGAUUCUAGAGAUCGUCAGCAACAUCAAGAAACAGAAGGAGGAAAUUACUAAGAUUUUGUCAGACACUAAGGAUCUCCAGAAAGAGAUCAACAACCUGACAGGAAAGCUGGACAGGACCUUUGCUGUGACUGAUGAACUGGUCUUCAAGGACGCUAAAAAAGAUGAAUCUGUCCGCAAAUCCUACAAAUACCUGGCUGCCCUGCAUGAAAACUGUAAUCAGUUGAUCCAAACCAUUGAGGACACGGGUACAAUUUUGAGAGAGAUUCGAGAUCUAGAGGAGCAGAUUGAGACAGAAAACAGUAACAAAACUGUGGCUAACCUGGAGAGGAUUCUGGAUGACUACAAGGCUAUUCGACAGGAGAACUCUGCACUUGCUGCCAAAGUCCGAGAAGGCUGAAGGUAGUCCUGGUUUGCUCUGUUCUGUCUGCUGAGGCUGAAGUUGUAGUAAAAACAUGGAGCUGUAGAUGGACCCCGAUGGGACUGAAACAGCACUCCAGGUUUUACACUGAAGAGACUGCUGUUCAUUAACACUGCCCUCUGUUGCCAUUGGAGACCUGCUUUUCUUUUAAAGGCAAGCUGAUUUUUUUUUUUUUUUACUAUGGAAACUAAUCUGGAAUUUUAAUGCACAACCUGUAUGGAUGGAUUGAGAAGACAAUUAGUUUUUCAUUUCAAACUGAUUUCUGUGGCUGGGCAUGCUCUCUGAGGGUCCAUGCUCUGGUUUGAUUGUUCUGUACCCAAAUGAAACAUAACACUGGACAGCAGAGGGUGCUGUCAGACCUCUUUUGUUUAAAUGUAUAGUCACUCAUAUUGCUGAAUGAAAUGUUUUCAUAAGAUAUCUCUGAUAUUGUAUCUGAUAUUUCUCUCCAGCCUCAUCAGCAAAGUAUUGGUGUGUGUGUGUGUGUGUGUGUGUGUGUGUGUGUGUGUGUGUAUAUAUAUAUAUAUGGCACCAGCUUAAAUAAAGAUGCCUUACAAACUUGAAUGGUCGAGAUAAGUCGACUUACUGUCAUCUAUCAUCUAACACCCAAAUACAGUGUCUUAGAUUCAAAUACAUUGUUUUCUAGAACACCUGAAAUUGUUGCUCAGUUACACUUUUAAUGUCCGACAGGAUUCUGGGAUGUGCUAAUUUAUUAUUGAUCACUGGCAAGGUACAGACACCAAUUACACUGAAUUAGGCAAAUACUUAGUUUAGUGAUGGUUUAAAGAAUAAUUCUUGUUUUGCUAUUUUGCCUUGAAGUGCUGCAAACUAA